AUGGGUUGGAAAAUUAAGGUGCCCAAGUUCAAUUUUCCUUCGGUGCCCGAUGUGAUUAAGGUCCUUACGACGGCAGAAAAUAUAGCAGCAGCGGGUCAGGUCAUAGUCAAUGUCGCGGGAGCCGUCCUUGAUGCCGGCGAUGCCGAAGACAGUCAAUUGCAGGAACCUGUCCUCCAGCUAUUCAAUAACUAUGAAAGAGCAUCCCGGCUCCUUGAGCAAAGAGCAGAGAUUUCUGAGCCCGUCAGUGACGAGCUUUCGCUUCCCACGGGGUUUGUAACUCGUUCCAAGAAAAUGGUCGGCCUGUGGUCGAAUCCAACCGCUGUUACAGGCGAUUCGCCCGAAAAUUUCGAUAUGUACAAAGAUCUCUCUAUUCUCACGGCAACUGCUGGCAUUCCCUCAAAGAUUGAAGUCGGACCAGGACUAGAAAGAGACACUACCGCACAAAUCGCCAAGGCGAUCUUUGCAAGCGGUGCAGUGCUUGAGGAUCAACUGGACGAUAAAGAUCCUGUCAAAACUAUCGAUUUCAAGAUAACAAGUCACAAAAAGGAUUGUGCCAUUCAGGUGAAGCACGUGUUCUAUAACAUCCCUCUCGUUUCGAGAACUCAAGAAAGUUGCUGGCAUAGCGCCAUUCACAUUAAAAUGGCGGCGGCCAAGGCACUCAUCCUCACCCAGGACCAAAACACCACUCAGUUCUUCACAGAUGCCUCUGAGGGUGCCCAGGACACCGGUCCCAACUGGGUUUCGACUGUCAUAAUACAUUGGCCGAGACGGCCAGAUGCUGAGGCUGCACUUCAGGGUUUCUUCAAUAUUUUUACGCAGAAAUUCACGGACUAUAAGCUUGAGUUAAAUACAGCCCUUGGUAUCACUCAAGUGCUUAAAAUAAGGACCCCGGAAGACACGUCUCCAGCAAUACUUCUGGCCAAAGUCAGAAGUGUCGUACAAGAAAUGUUGAAAUCCACCCAGGCCGGCUUCAUAGCGAUGCCUGAUAUUGAUGUGUCAGCAGUGGAGAUGAGUAUUUGA